AUGCAACUCUUCCUUGACAAGUUUGUGGAAGAAGUGAACAGCACGAAACCAGUGACAUGGACUUACCAGAACAGGGUCCAUACGUCUAGGCGUUUCGUGCUAUGUUGUUCUGUGGAUGCGCCUGCAAGGGCAGCAGUGCUAAACAUGGUGCCUUGCAACGGCUACUUUGGAUGCCCCUGGUGCCUUAUAAGGGGCGAGCAUGUGGAAGGGAGCAUGAGAUACGUCACAGAUGAGCCAGUUGAGGCACGGACUUCGGACCUCGUGCUGAGAGAUAUGAAGAUGGCUCUUGAUUACAAAGACGUCAUUAAUGGUGUGAAAGGACCAUCAGCAUUGAUGAACUUGAAAGGUUUGGAUUUCGUCAACGGUCAAAGUGUUGAGUGCAUGCACUGUGUACUGCAAGGUGUCACUAAACAACUGACUGAGGCGAUCCUGACUUCUACGAACAGCCACCAGCGCUUCUAUGUUUGUGCGCCUUCAGUUGCUGCAAGGAUAGAGUCGCGGCUGCUUGCCAUAAAGCCCCCACACUGCGUGACCAGGCUGCCGCGCCCGCUCAAAGAUCGUGGCCACUGGAAGGCAUCUGAGUGGAGGCAAUGGAUAUUGUUUUAUGCACUCCCUUGCCUUGAUGGUAUUCUGCAUCCUGAGUAUUGGAAGCACCUGUCUCGGCUCUCGGAAGGCAUCCACAUCCUUCUUCAGGAAGAAUUGGGUGCCGGUGACAUUGACAGAGCAGCUCUGCAAGCGUCUUUGCUGCAAGCCCUCUUUGUCCGGAUCACGCCGCAGUCUUCUUCAAGCGCCACCAUCGACAGAGCAAGCUAUAAGGUGGUGGAAAUCGAGGCCUGCUUUCACAUUGGCGGCAGCGGCAGCAUCGAAGAAGCAUCGUCAAAGUAA